CUGGGAUCAAAGAAAAUGGCAGAUCUUUGUCGUGUUGAGUGUCAGUGGGUGAAAUCUGGGUUUGGCUCAAGGUUGUCUUCCUGGAAAAUCUCUCCGGCAGUUGAGAAGAUGAAGCGAGAGAAGAACGCCAGCUGGACGAUGGAGGGGGAGGAAGAUCUGGUCUUGGUCAACGGGAACUGCAGCGACUCGGACCCUCCCCCCGAGGAGAAAGACCACACAGAUGCCAGCCAGGCGGAAAGUGUGACUUUCCAGACAAAGAAGGAGGAGGAGGAAGAGGCUGAUGACAUCCCCAAGCAAGGCUGGGAGAUCCCGUUGCGAGGAAACGCCGGCUGGGAGAACAGCCUGAGACAGAAACCGCCGCCCCGGAUCGUCUUCCAGGCUGGGCCCGCUUCGCAGGACAGGAAGCCCAAAGACGACGUAGAAAGCAUAGAAGGUUUCAAAGAACGUCACAAAAUCAGGCACUCCAAGAGGCUUUCUGGAUUUCUCCAGAAAAACUACUCCGAAGAGGAGAUUUCCAAGCAGAAGGAGAACACCCAGGUCCCGAACGGCUGUGAAUACCGAACAUUGAGAAAGAUGGAAGAAUAUCAGGACGGGAAAGGCUUUGGGUUCGGAGAACUGGUCUGGGGGAAGAUCAAAGGCUUUUCUUGGUGGCCGGCCAUCGUGGUGUCCUGGAAGACCACCUCCAACCGCCAGGCGGCCCCCGGCAUGCGCUGGGUGAAAUGGUUUGGGGACGGAAAGUUUUCGGAGAUCUCCGCUGAGAAAUUGGUGGGGCUGGUGAACUUCCAGGACCAUUUUAACCCCACCACGUUUCAGAAGUUGGUGUCCUACCGGCAAUCCAUUCUCCACGUUUUGGAGGUCGCCAGCAGCCGCGCUGGGAAGACUUUCUCCAGCGUCCCUGGGGAGUCCCUGGACGAGAAGCUGAAGCCGAUGCUGGAUUGGGCCACCCAGGGAUUCAAGCCCGCCGGAGAAAAAGGCCUACGGCCCCCCAAGACAUCUAAAUUUAAAAUGGUUCCUACGAUCAUCAUUGAGGACUGCUGUCCCCCAGAGCCGCCCCCCCCACCCAAACGACUUAAGCCCAAUGGAUACAGCGGCGGCAGCAGCAAGGAGACCUCGACGGAGAACCAAACCAGAGAACGGAUGGUUUCUGAAGCCAAAAACAACAAAAAGAGCUUGGAAGACAGCUGCCUGUCCUGUGGGAAGAAGAACACGGUCACUUUCCACCCGCUGUUCGAAGGGGGACUUUGCCGUACCUGCCAGGAUCGGUUCCUGGAGUUUUUUUACAUGUAUGAUGAAGACGGGUACCAGACCUACUGCACCAUCUGUUGUGAAGGAAACGAGUUACUACUCUGCGACAGUGCCAGCUGCUUCAGCUGCUUUUGCGUGGACUGCCUGAACACCCUGGUGGGACGGGGCACGGCCGAGGCUGCCCGAAAGGAAGAGCCCUGGAAGUGCUACGUCUGUCGGCCGCAACAGCGCUACGGCGUCCUGCUGCGACGGCAGGAUUGGACCACGCGCCUGAAGGAGUUUUUCACCAGCGAGGAAGGGCAAGAAUACGAGGUGCCCAAAAUCUACCCUGCCAUUCCCGCCGCGAAACGGAAGGCCAUCCGCGUGCUGUCUCUUUUUGAUGGCAUCGCCACAGGUUACCUGGUCCUGCGGGAUCUGGGCAUCCAAGUGGAGAAAUACAUCGCUUCCGAGAUCUGCGAGGACUCCAUCUCGGUGGGGACUGUGCGGCAUGAAGGAAACAUCCGAUACGUGCAUGACGUGAGGAACAUAACCAAGAGACACAUUGACGAGUGGGGUCCUUUCGAUUUGGUGAUCGGCGGAAGCCCCUGCAACGACCUGUCCAUCGUCAACCCCGCCAGAAAAGGUUUGUAUGAAGGGACCGGCCGCCUGUUCUUUGAGUUCUACCACCUUCUGAACUACACCCGCCCCAAGGUUGGAGAAGACCGUCCGUUCUUCUGGCUCUUCGAAAACGUGGUGUCCAUGCGGGUCAACGACAAGAGGGACAUCUCCCGGUUCCUGGAGUGCAACCCGGUGAUGAUCGAUGCUAUCAAGGUCUCCGCUGCACACAGAGCCAGAUAUUUUUGGGGCAACCUGCCAGGGAUGAAGAGGCCUUUGGUGGCCUCCAAGGGAGACAAGCUGGAGCUUCAGGAUUGCCUGGAGUACAGUCGGACAGCGAAGAUGAAGAAGAUCCGGACCAUCACCACCAAGUCCAACUCCAUCCGGCAGGGAAAGGCCAAGAUGCUGCCCGUCUCCAUGAAUGGAAAGGACGACGAUCUGUGGUGCACAGAAUUGGAAAGCCUGCAGAGGAUAAGCCUUCUCUCUCUGAUCUUCGGUUUCCCACUCCAUUACACCGAUGUGUCCAACAUGGGCCGCCUGGCACGUCAGAAGCUGCUUGGACGUUCGUGGAGUGUCCCCGUCAUCCGUCACCUGUUUGCACCCCUGAAAGAUUAUUUUGCCUGCGAUUAGGCUGCAGGAAUCCUGCGGGUCUCCCGGGCGGGAAAGGGGAGAGCUGAGCCCACCCUCGACCCCCCGUAAAGGAGACCCUCCUCUUUGCAGAAAAAUCCACAACUUUUCUUCUAAGCGCGAGAGACCUUUUUGAGUUCCUGUUGUGCCAAAACAAACCGACCAACCCACCAACCAGAAUUUUUGGGGAGGGGAGCUGCAGAGGUAGCCUUCCUCCCUCGUCUUGUGCGGACGGGAAACUGAGGCCGCUGGAACGAAGAGCAGUUUUCCGACAGAAGAAGAGUAAAACUUGAAAUAGGAAUGCCGCCGGAUCCGAUCCCAGAGUCACCCACCUGUAGCAAUGAGCCAACUUUUGACUUGUGUUUCUCCCGCUGUUCACACUGGAAGAACAAAACGGGAAAAUUUCUUUCUUUUUUUUCUUUUUCAACUGUUUUUUCUUCCUUUUUUUUUAAAGAGCGUAAAACUUGUGGGAAUAAGGGGUAGGGAGAGAGACUUUUACAGCCCUUUUUUGGGACGCUGUGAAAAUUCCUAGAGAGGAAUUUGGGCUGGAUGCAAGCCGGGCGAUAACCCUACUACAUGGAGCAAAAACAAAAAAACGUGCCAUACAUAUUCCGUACAUCUCCUUCACUUUUAAAAUUACACGAUGCCUUUAAUGCAGACAAAAAUGCAUUUGGGGCAUUUUUACUGCCAAGGACACAUCUCCUUCAACUCGUUUCAAUUUUUUUGCUGGGUAUUUCUUUCCUUUUUUUUCUUUUUAAAGAGCUGUGCAAGAACAUUUGCACGACCAUGGUCCCUUCAGAGGCAGGGAAAUUCCCAACAGGCAGCGAAAAACCCACUGCAUCACCCCAAAAGACAAAUCUGCAGCUUUCUGCGAAGAAUCCAACCCCUUUGCAGAAAGAAAGAAAGAGUUGAAAGCUGCUAUCAGAUUCUCCAGCCUGUUUGCUUCGUUGCCUUGUUUGGACCCCAGUGAACUUCGAUCCUCACCGAUGCUGCUAUUUCAUCGUGAAGCUUGAUUGUUUUCCUUGACUGCCCGUCCUUCAAACCUUGAUUUCGUUAGAUCAGGAUAAGAGUUGGGUAGAAUGGAUGCCGCCACCUGGGGGAUAAAGGGGUUUAAUUGGAUCUUUCUGCUUGCUAGUUUCUACCCGUUGCCAUAAUCCUGAACACCAAAGUUUGCACGUUUGCACUGAGUCCGUCCAUGCCCUACUUGGGGCUUCCUGGUGUCUGUAUGAAUCAAACCACGUCAAUCGGUGCAGGAGACAUAGUUUCAUUCUCUGCAACCAGGAUGUCUGUCCAAAACACAGAGAAGCAAACCCUCUUUCUACACAUGGGCAGGGGUGCCCGUGUUGUUCUUGAACCAAAUUCCAACUUUCCAUCAAAGAUAGAGUAGGAGACUCGGCUUGGGUGUCAGGAUUGCUGGACUCCCGCAGGAAACACACUUGGCAUUGCAGACGGUCAAAUCUGUCAGCAAAGUUGCUUAAGUCAGCCACAGAGGAAGAUGGACAGUUGUCGAGAGCCAUCACAGUUCCGAUUUGAUGUGUUUCCUUGCGGGCAAAUGGGGGGAGCUGUUUGCGGCCUCCCUUUUUCCUUGUCAGUAUUUGAGGUUGCCGCUUCACAUUUAUCCGACAUUAUCAACGUGCAAAAUGUGCCCCAGCUGUAGCCUGCCUCUCUGCCCACCUCUUUUGCUGCCGGUUAAAAUAGGCCUGCUGCAAUUCCGGAGCCGUUGGCACCCCAAUGGAUCCUACUCCACUUGGAAUGUCAACUCUCAGGGAUAAGGAAGCACCCCACAAAACCGAAUGCCAGUAAUUUAGGGCAGAAGCAGAGAUCCCUUGGCAAGAUGCCCGUGGCGUGUCCUAAGCCACUCAAAGCCCUGCCCGAAUUGGGUGGCGUGUGUGAGUUGUUGCGCAUCCAUGCGCGAGGGCUGUUGCUGAUACCGCUGGGUGUGGGACAGUCGUGACUGUGUUAUAGGUUAGGUGUGUUUGCUGGUUUGACUUUUGUUAACCGAAUCCGUGGUCCCUCGAAAGAAGUUUGCAUGCCUUUUAAGCCAGGGGUCUUCCAACUUGGCCCUUUGAGGACUUGCGGACUUCAACUCCCAGAAUUCCUCUGGCUGAGGGAUUCUGGGAGUUGCAAGUCCGCAAGUCAUUAAAGGGCCGGGUUUUGAAGACCCCGACCUUAAGCAAAGGAAUGGGGUCAAUGGGGAAUUCUCUGCAGCCCACACUUCCCCCCUCCCCUACUUGGGGGGAAGGGAGGUUCAGGGGAUUGGGGUGAAAAUGUGGGUGCUGGUAGGCAGCCAUUUUAUGUGCCUUUUUGUCUCUCUUCCUUCACCCCCUUUUAAGAGUGUAGCAAAUCUUUCAUCUUUCAUCCAGCAAGAUUUCUAUUUGAUCCCUUCUGGUUUCUUAAGAAAAUAUUAAAAAUAAAUGUAAGAGAUCUUGCUUCUUGAAAGUAGCCAUAAUACAGGGAUCUUCCAAUUUGGCCAUUUUAUGACUGGUAGACUUCAACUCCCAGAAUUUCUCAGCCAGCUUUGCUGGCUGAGGGAUUCUGGGAAUUAAAGUCCACAACUCAUAAAAGGGCCAAGUUGGAAGGCCCCUGCUCUAAUAGAACCACCUUUUUAUGGCAUUUUUAAGAGAAUGUUUCAGAAAUGCCAUUCCCAAGAUGUUCAAAUACAUUGGUGCUAUUAUUUUAUACUUUUCUAAUGUCAAAAUGGUGUGUGCUUUUAUAUUUUUUUUUAAAUAAAACUUUAAUACUUUUUUUCCUCUCUCUUAUUUUUAAAAGAGCUUCAUGAGACUGAUGCUCAAUCUCAAAACGGACGGCUGUAACUGAGCCUUAGUGAGGAUGGGGGGGGGAACCCAUUUUAUUGUUUUGUGUUCUUAGUGCUAAGGAAACAAAAAGAAACGGUUUUGA